CUCCUCCUUUUUUUUUUCUUUCUAAGCCCGCCAUUCUAGUCAAAAAGCUGUUUUUUUUCCGUACAUCCGGAUAACAGCCCGUCCUGCGCUCCUUUUUUCCCCUCUCAGUUCUAUGCGUUAGUCGGGCAGCGGCUCCGGAGCUGGUUCACUUCUCGGCGUGCGGUGCCCCCCACCUUUUUUGUGCAAACAGUGCAUAGGGUUGUUAAGGGGGUGUUUCGGGGGGCAAUAUCUCGGUUUGUUUGCUUUUUUUCCCCCCUUUUUUUUUUCUUUUUUUUUUUUUAAUUUUGUUUUAAAAUGAACAAGCUGUACAUUGGAAACCUCAGCGAAAACGUAAGCCCCUUGGAUUUGGAAAGUCUCUUUAAGGAGUCCAAGAUCCCUUUCACCGGCCAGUUUCUCGUUAAAACUGGAUACGCGUUUGUGGACUGUCCGGAUGAGAAUUGGGCUAUGAAGGCCAUCGAUACCCUCUCAGGGAAGGUUGAACUGCAUGGCAAAGUAAUAGAAGUUGAACAUUCAGUGCCUAAAAGGCAAAGGAGUCGGAAGCUACAGAUUCGUAAUAUACCACCCCAUCUGCAGUGGGAGGUAUUGGACAGCCUUUUAGCACAGUACGGGACAGUUGAAAACUGUGAACAAGUGAAUACGGACACAGAGACUGCAGUAGUGAAUGUAACAUAUGCCAAUAAGGAACACGCAAGACAGGGACUUGAAAAACUAAACGGUUACCAGCUCGAAAAUUAUUCACUCAAGGUAACUUAUAUUCCUGAUGAAAUGGCCACACCGCAAGCCCCCUCUCAGCAAAUGCAGCAGCAACCACAACAGCAGCACCCUCAGGGGAGGCGUGGGUUUGGGCAGCGGGGACCUCCCAGACAGGGCUCUCCUGGUGCUUCUGCAAGACCCAAACCCCAGUCAGAGGUUCCUCUACGAAUGCUGGUCCCCACGCAGUUUGUAGGAGCAAUUAUUGGAAAAGAAGGAGCAACGAUCAGGAACAUCACUAAGCAAACUCAGUCCAAGAUUGAUAUUCAUCGUAAAGAAAAUGCAGGUGCUGCAGAAAAGCCUAUUACCAUUCACUCAACCCCCGAAGGCUGUUCAACAGCUUGUAAAAUAAUUAUGGAGAUCAUGCAGAAGGAAGCUCAGGAUACUAAAUUCACUGAAGAAAUCCCCCUAAAAAUUCUAGCUCAUAACAACUUUGUGGGUCGCCUCAUUGGAAAAGAAGGGAGGAACCUGAAGAAAAUUGAACAGGAUACAGAUACUAAAAUCACAAUCUCUCCACUGCAGGACUUAACACUGUAUAACCCGGAACGGACCAUUACAGUAAAAGGCAGUAUUGAGGCCUGCGCAAAGGCCGAGGAAGAAAUAAUGAAAAAAAUUAGAGAAUCCUAUGAAAAUGACAUCGCUGCUAUGAAUCUCCAAGCUCAUUUGAUUCCUGGAUUGAAUCUGAAUGCUUUGGGUCUCUUUCCCCCAACUUCAUCAGGGAUGCCUCCUCCAAAUGUUGGCGUUUCCUCGCCUACUACUCCUUCUUCAUAUCCACCAUUUGGGCAACAGCCAGAAUCAGAGACGGUUCAUCUCUUCAUCCCAGCACUAGCUGUAGGAGCUAUUAUCGGCAAACAAGGACAACAUAUCAAACAACUCUCCCGCUUUGCUGGAGCAUCUAUUAAGAUUGCCCCUGCAGAAGGGCCUGAUGCCAAGCUACGAAUGGUGAUCAUUACUGGACCACCUGAAGCCCAAUUUAAGGCCCAAGGAAGAAUAUAUGGCAAACUCAAAGAAGAAAACUUCUUUGGACCAAAGGAGGAAGUGAAGCUGGAGGCACACAUUAAAGUACCCUCUUACGCUGCGGGACGUGUUAUCGGCAAAGGAGGCAAAACUGUUAAUGAGCUUCAGAAUCUAACCAGUGCAGAAGUAGUUGUUCCCCGUGAUCAAACACCUGAUGAGAAUGACCAAGUGGUUGUUAAAAUAACAGGCCACUUUUAUGCAAGCCAGCUUGCACAGCGGAAAAUCCAGGAAAUCCUCGCUCAGGUUAGAAGGCAGCAGCAGCAACAGCAGCAGCAACAGCAAAAGACGGCACCAAGCGGACAGCCUCAGCCAAGACGAAAAUAAAGGUUCAGGAUAAUGGCCCUUCACAGAGAUGGAUGCCAGACCAAAGACAGACUGAAUAAUAGGUUACCCAUACCUGUUGGUGCUAUGUGGGGAAAGACUUCCUCCUAGCUAGUCACCUGUUUGAGGACCAGGCAACCAUGUAGCUGUCUCUGAAAAUGUAUUCUAUAGGCUAUCAAAGUUUUUGGAAUACAGCUUUAAAAAAAAAAAAAAAAAAAAAAAAUUAGAAAAAAAGGAAAAGAGAAAAAAAGGACCCCUUCACUUCCCUUUUGAUCUAUUCUCACAAGUUAACAUAAACCUUGUCUUUUUUUUUAUUAUUCUUAUUCCCCCAAAAAUUUUAGAACUUUGUUUAAUGAAGCUUUCUCUUAUGAGUUUUCUGGUUCAAAAAGAAAAGGCAUUGCUCUUAUACGUCCAGUUGUAUUAAAAAGAAAAUAGUAGAGGGUGGGUUAGUGUUUUGAAGGGUAUUGAAGAGAUUAAGUGUUAGUCCCAGUGUUGAACAAGUGGCAUUUUUUUUUAAUUUGGUUGCAUUUUACUUAACACUGCCAUGAAUAACCUAAGGGAAGUGUAGAAAGGUGUUGGCCAGGGCAUAAAAAGAUAAAUAUGCAUUUUACUAAACUACCUCAGGCAUUUAGUACCUCAAUGAGAAAUUGUUCCUUUUUAUUUUAAUUUUUUAUUUUUUUUUCCUUUUUGUUUUUGGUAUUUUGUAUACUUUAUAAAGCUAAUAGUUCUUGAGCAUUUUAUUUUUUUAAUAAAAAAAUAAAAUAUCAGCCAGCAGCUAGACGCACAUAAAUAUUUGGUGACUAUGAGAAAAGCUGCUUCUCGCUGAUGGCUGAUGGGAGUAAAAGAUGGGGAGUUGCCUCAGAUUUCCUGUGGCCUUCCACGCCAUCAUUUUGCUACAAAGUUCAGUGAAUGUUCAAAAAAUAGAUACUGAGACAAACAAAAACGCCACCAUACUGAUAGCAGCAAUGCCGUUUAUUUUUCUUUUACUAUGGGAUGAAAAUAGUUCGACGGUACUUUUUCUGGGAACAAGACACAAGGAAGUGAUGGAAAGAGGCCGGCUGGGUUUGGGAAAAUAUUUUAAUGCUAUGUAAGACUGGAUUUUUUUUUUCUCUCAAUAUUUUUUUUUCAUGCUGCUUGGUUGAAUGCAAUGAACCCUUUGUGCCUUUGACCAUCACUACCUAAUGAUGUUACAUAAACAUUUGCAGCCUGUUUGAACUUUGCCAUUCUGUUCAAAGAGCAAGCUUCAUCAUCAGUUUGGUAAACAACAAAAAAACACGAUCUAUGGGAGCAUAUAUAAAUAUAUAAUUAUAUAUAAAUAUAUAUUUCCUUUUUCUAUUUGUUUUCCUUUUUUUGUUUUUUAAAUUUUGUUUUUUAAUUUUUCCCUCCCCUGUGCCCUCCAUGACCAUCAACUUGAUGCUUCCCAUCUGAUCAAUACAUAUUACUUUCAUGUACCAUGACUGGGGGAGAGGGAACUGGGGAUGGGGUCAAACUCAUGUUUGAUCAUAUGGAAGAUGACAAGUGUUAGUUUACAUAUCCAGCAGCAGUAAAAAAAAAUAAUAAAAAUAAAUAUAUAUAUAUGAAAAAAAACCUAAAGCAAAAAGGGCCACACAAAGCCACUUAGAAGGUUUAAAAGCUGAAUACAACCGUCUUUUCUGGCUUAAAAUAGCUACAGCAGGGUUUAUGCACGUUUUUUUUUUCUUUAAAUUUUUUUUUUCUGCAACCAACCAUUAACCCUUUGACUGCCAGAGCUGCGAGCAAGACUAUGCUUCUGAUAGCCCCUCUGGCAGCGAAAGGGUGGAAGAGAAAACCAGUUCAAAAGGCAGGGAAUGAAAGGAAAGCUACCAAAUUCUUUUUAAUUUCAGAAUGUAAUUUGAACGAUGAUUGUGGUAAUAGUACACAUUCAAGUUUAUACAAUAAACUUCAGUCUACCUCAGUUUUGGAAUUGUGGCAACACAUGGUGCAUAAAGACUGCUGUGUGUGCGUGCGUGUGUGUGGUCUUACCAGAGCCAUACGAUUUACCUCUGAACCUUUAUUUUUCGUGAUGUUUUUGUGCAUGAGAUGAUCACAAUCACCAUGCUGCACUGAUUUGAGGGGCACAACUAGCAAAAACCAUUUGUUUCAUCAUUUUGUUGAUCUACCUCUUAGAUUCAUAUUGAAAUAGAGGCAUUUCUGCAUAGAAUAGAUAAUUUUCCCAAAGAUCAUUAUCAUUAUUGUACAAAGUAGAGGUCUUUUUGUUUUUUCUUCAAUUUUGAAAAUGGUCUGAAGUGUUUUGGGUUUCCCCCUCCCCCCUCCUUUUCUUAUACUGCAUUUAAAAUUUACUAAUUUGAUUAAAAUUUAAAAAAAACUCAGAGCCUACGUUGUAGUUUUAAGAGAAACAUAAUUUUUUUUCUUCUUCUUGACGAGAGUGACUUCAUUUAGUGUUUAGAAUUUUUUCUUUUUCUUACAUUGAUUAAAGAAAUACUGAACUAUGGAAAAGUCAUUAAAAUAGCUUAUUGAUCUUUAGUUGAGUCUCAAGUACAGACCCGACUUUCUUUUUCUUAACAUGUUGAAGCAGACAACUUGAUUUUCCAUGAAUUUUUCUUUACAGAUAGGUGCUGCAUUUACAUCUGCUGAUUUAAAUACUGUCAUUUCUCUUUAAAUUUCUAGACUGUUAGUGUGGUAAUCAUGUUCUUUUCAAUUGAGACUUGGUAACUUGGAGUAUUUUGGCAAUAGAUACAGUAGAAAGUAAUACUGUAAAUGAGUUUAAUAUCUGCAAAGCAUGGAUCAUUUUUCAUCUGUAAUGUGCCCCCAACGCAGCUCCACUUGCCAGAUGCCUCUGAAUGGAAUAAAGAGUUUAACUCCUA